AUUAGGCUACCUCGCAUAUUUACAUUCUAAACCUAUACUAUGGUUCAACUUCAGGAUCUUCCAACAGAGAUUUUGUCUGUCUGUCUCUCUUUUGUUGAAGAAUCGGAUGAUUUAGAUGAGGAACAAGGUCGCAAGAUCAAGGUCGAGAAUUCUGAUGUGCGCAAUCUGUUCAAUGUUUGUCUGGUGUCGCGGCGGUUUCGAGAGCUAGCACAGCCUCUUUUGUUCCGCUCUUUUGAGAUGGAUGAUAUAGAUACCAAGUCGACAAUUAGGUUUAUCCGAGCCAUUACCACGCGCCCACAGCUCGGCGAGCAUGUGCAAAUCGUCAACAUCAUGGACAUAGGCCAAGACGAUCUUCCUCCUGGGCACAUACUGUCUGCUGAGGACAAAGAGUUUCUCACUUGUGCUAUUCAAGAUCUCAAGUUGGACAGCAAGAAGAAGGAAAAGACAUGGUUGGCAGCCCUGGACCAGAUGGAUCAAGGCGUCUUCCUGGCUCUGAUACUCAGUAAAACACCAAAUCUUCGCUACAUCUCCAUUCCUGGUGUGAUGCAGUCAAUGAAACAAGUCAAUCAAUUGUUUGCCCGGGAUCCAUCAUUCCUGUCCAAGCUGGAACAGGUCCACAUUGAAGGGGACGGCGAGUGUUCCGGCUUCAACAUCGCCACUUUUCGUGAAUUCUGUACACGCCCUCGAGUGGAUUUCAUGACCAUCGAUUCCGGCAAUCUGACAAGUGCCAACUACCCUGCCUCUUGGUCCCAGGGUACAAUCACACCGCAGACGAUCCAGUUUCGCUUCUGUCAUGUGGAUCAAAGCAGCGUCAUUAAGCUCCUCCAUGCAUGCAAAAAUAUCAAAACGUUCAUUUUCUCCAACUGGGACAAUGGCUUGACAGGAGAAUUGGUUGACAGCUCCUUGCCCACAUUCAACGCAGAGCAUCUUCACGAAGCCUUGCAGCCACACAGGGAGAAGCUCGAGCACUUACAUAUCGAAUACCACCUCUCACAAGACCACGCCUCUAUACAAGGCCUGAUCGCACAGCAAGCUCUGCAGCCGAAAAUGCCCUCCCUACUCGAUUUUCCUGUCCUCCACACCCUCCAUAUCCAGCAUUGCCUUCUCCCCGAGCUCCCUGAUUUCCCUUCUUCCUUGAGAGAGCUCUGGAUCCGAGACUGCACGUCCUCAAUCCGGAACAUGACUCACCAUAUCGCCAAAGACGUCCGCAGUGGCAAAUAUCCAGAGUUGGUGAAGAUCAUGGUCCUGGCCAUGGAUAUAACCCAUCCUAUCCGAUGGCCUGGGCAGCGUAUUCCUGAUGGCAAAACACCCGCAGAUUGUUUCUUUAGUCUGCGCGAUCUCUUCAAGGACACAAAAGUCGAUUACCAGAUUGUUCCGCAUAAGAAUUCUGACCUUGACGAGGAUGAUUAUACAGAUGAGGGUGACUAUGCGGAUGACUAUGCGGAUGAUUAUGGGGACUAUGAGGACUAUACUCCUGAGGCACUGCGUGGGGCCGGCAUGCGUGGUAUCAUGGAGGAGGUUGCGCGCGUGAUGGAAGAACGGAUGCAGGAGUAACACGGGGCACCCUUCGCCUGCCAUGGGAGGCACAAGAAGAUGAGCAUUGAUGAGUGGUAGACGUCUCAGAUGCACUGGUUAUUUUCGGUAUUAUGUGAAGUCAUUUGUAUCAUUUGUAAUUAUAAAUUCUGUUUUGGUGCCUUCUAAGAGGCUGACUAUUAAUCAGUGCAACAUAAGUUGUACAUUCCAUCUUUUCAAGCAUGAUUAGCAUGACAAUGUUGCUGAUAGCAACAUAAAAUCCAGUAUUGUUGACAACAA